UGCCAGCCACAUGGAAGGCUCGUCGCUGCCACCCCAGCCUGCCCCUGUGAAGCAGGAGGGCCAGGUGGAUGAGGGCCUGGCUCUGGAUUCACCCUGGCACCGCUUCCGCCACUUCCACCUGGGCGAUGCGCCGGGACCAAGGGAGGCUCUGGGGCUGCUGCGUGCACUGUGCCGGGACUGGCUGCGGCCAGAACUGCACACCAAGGAGCAGAUGCUGGAGCUGCUGGUGCUGGAGCAGUUCCUGAGUGCGCUACCUGCCGACGUGCAGUCCUGGGUGUGCAGCCGGCGGCCGCAGAGUGGAGAGGAGGCCGUGGCCCUGCUGGAGGAGCUCUGGGGACCAGCAGUGAGGGUGCCUCGGGACGAGUCAGCCGACUCUGGGGUCAGCGUGGGAAAGGAAGAAGGCGGGAUGAUGCCCCUAGGAGAUGCAGUCACUGGGGCUGAGGUGCCAGCCACAGCGGACGCCCAGCCCACGCGUCCUUACAAGCAGGAACCAGGCAGCCCUCCGCUGGCACCCUGUCUGCCCGCCCUCCCCACCUUGCUGGCGGCCCCAGGUGCCACGGCCACGUCGUGCCCCGAGUGCGGCCAGACAGCGCUGAAGCCAGCCCACCUGCUGCGCCCGCGGCAGAACCUUGCUGCUGACAAGCCUCACGCUUGCCCCGAGUGCGGCAAAGCCUUCCGGCGCAAGGAGCACCUGCGGCGACAUCGCGGCACGCACCCCGGCGUGCCCGCCGCGGGCAGCCCCGCGCUGCGGCCGCUGGCGGUGCGAGAGAAGCCGCACGCGUGCUGCGAGUGUGGGAAGGCCUUCUACUGGCGGGAGCACCUGGUGCGCCACCGCAAGACGCACUCGGGCGCGCGCCCCUUCGCUUGCUGGCAGUGCGGCAAGGGCUUCGGGCGCCGCGAGCACGUGCUCCGCCACCAGCGCAUCCACGGCCGGGCUGCUGCCCCGGCUCCCGACGGGGGUGGACCCUUUCCGGCCUGGCCCUUGGGCUAGCUGCGGCUGCCCCUCCCCACCGCCCCACGGGCACGGCCACUCCCUGCUCUGUCUGUGCCUCCUCUCCGAC